UUUAUACAUUUAUUUCUCAGUAGACAUAUAUGAACAGAGUAAAAAUCCUAGAAACUAUAACUGAUAAAAAAAGAAACAACUAAAUUAAACAACAUUUCAAUAUCAAAAUAAAGGGUCUUAUUACAGUGAUAUAGGUAAAAAAUGUAACAAACAUAUCUACAAGAACAAUAGUUUUUAGAUUGCAGCUUAUAACAUAAAACAAACACAGCUUUCAAACAUUAACCCAAACAUUAACUGAUUAAGUACUUACUUAUAAAAUUGUAAAUAAAAUGUUCAUUUUUGUACAGUAAGGCACUUUACAACAUGUACAAGUUAAUGCAGUUAAUAAAUGAGCUGGUCAUGACAAAACCAACAUAAUGGGUUUGCGACCAGCAUACAUCCAGACCAGCCUGCGCAUCCAAGCAGUCUGAUCAGGAUCCAUGCUGUUCGCUUUCAAACUCUAAAAAGUAGAGAAACUGAUAGCGAACAGCAUGGAUCCUGAUCAGACUGCGCGGAUGCGCAGGCUGGGAUGGAUCCAUGCUGGUCGCAAACCCAUUAUGUUGGUUUUGUCAUGACGCAGCUCAAAUAAUCUAUGACUAAACUAGGGUAUUUUUAACACUGACUUGUCUAUCUUAUAGAAACAGUCUGUCGUAACUUUCAGAGCUUUUGAAGAUAGUAAACAGUAUAAAGUUUAGUCAGAUACCAUAGAUGUGCAGUUUGACCCUGGAAUCCAAACUGUUUUGCAAAGUCUUUGCAAUGUCAAUUUCAACAUUACAACAAACUUAAUACAAAACUUUCAUAGAAGACUUUAAGUUACUGACAGGAUAAAAAAAGACUUUUAUUACAUUUGUUUCAGAAAUUAACAUUAUGCAAGGUAAUGAUUAAUCACUUUUCAAUUUAAUUACCAUAAAAUUAAUAAAAAAUAUUUCAUAAAAGCCUAUUAUUGUACGUAAAAUCUCUUGUCCUUUUAAACUAGAUUAUAUAUACAUGUGUAUAUUUAUUAUCUAUAUAUAACAUUUACGCAGUUUGGCAAACAUUCUGCUUUUCUUUCAUCAAUAUGAAAUCUUCAAAAUACCAAAUAUUCAACACUUUAUCUUAUAACAAUAUGCCAACAUUGUCAACAAAAGUUCUAAUACCAAACAACAUUUCAUUGAAAUUCUGCUUUUUACAUUUUUUCAAGGAUAAUUAAAACAAAAUAUGUCUUUAAAAGUUCUUGUGGUGGGUGGAGGUGGCCGUGAACAUGCGCUAUCAUGGAAACUUGCACAGUCAUCAGAGGUCAAGGCAGUUUAUGUUGCCCCAGGAAAUGCUGGAACCGCAAAAUGUGGAAAAAUUGAUAAUGUUGAGAUAAAUGUGAAGGACUUUGAUGAAGUAAGUAAGUGGUGUAAAGACAAUGAAGUAUCUAUGGUAGUUGUUGGCCCGGAGGACCCGCUAGCUGCUGGGAUCUCUGAUCAUCUUACUGAUGAAGGUAUAAUGUGUUUUGGACCAAGCCAAAAAGCAUCUCAGAUAGAGUCAAGUAAAGAGUUUUCAAAGAACUUCAUGAAAAGGCACAAUAUCCCUACAGCUAGAUUUUCCUGUUUCACAAAUACAGAAGAUGCUAUAAACUAUAUAGAGAGCGCAGACUUUCCGGCUUUGGUUGUGAAAGCAUCCGGGUUGGCUGGUGGGAAGGGCGUUGUCAUUGCAACCAAUAAGAAAGAGGCAUGCCAAGCUGUUAGAGAAUGUUUACAGGAGAAGAAAUUUGGUGGAGCCGGUGACACAGUUGUUGUUGAGGAGUUGUUACAAGGUGAAGAAGUCUCUAUUCUGGCAUUUAGUGAUGGCACAACAGUGUCUUUGAUGCCAGCAGCACAGGACCACAAACGUCUCCUAGACAGAGAUGAGGGGCCAAACACAGGUGGAAUGGGGGCUGUAUGCCCUUAUCCAAAGGUUGGAUUCUCAGACUUGAAGAGAAUAAGGGAAGAUAUUAUGCAGAAAACUAUUGAUGGUCUUAGAGAAGAGGGUAUACCAUAUGUUGGUGUGUUGUAUGCUGGACUGAUGAUGACAGACGAUGGUCCAAAAGUUCUAGAGUACAAUUGUAGGUUUGGAGAUCCAGAGACACAGUCCAUUCUUCCAUUGAUGAAGACAGACUUGUAUACAACAUGUGAGGCCUGUGUUAAAGGUACCCUCAGUGAUAAUGUACCCGAGUAUGAUCUCAGUAAGAAAGUACUGGGUGUCGUACUGGUCAGUGGUGGGUACCCAGGUUCAUAUAAGAAGGGAUGUACUAUCACAGGAAUAGAAGAAGCAGAAAAUCUUGGUAUAACUGUAUUCCAUGCUGGUACUAGUAUGAAAGAUGAUUUGCUGGUAACGAGUGGGGGUCGUGUACUUGCCCUGAUGGCGAUGGAGUCGAACUUUGAAACAGCGGCAUCAGUGGCACAGAAAGGAGCUGAAAUGAUCAAGUUUGAUGGAGUGUAUCAUAGGAAAGAUAUAGGAUUUAGGGUUGUUAGUAGGUCAUUACAUACACCGCCAUUAAGUUAUAAGGAUGCAGGUGUAGACAUUGCUGCUGGUAACAAUCUUGUACAAGCUAUAAAACCUCUAGCUGCCUCAUCUACAAGAUCUGGUUGUAUGGCAGCCCUUGGAUCAUUUGGUGCCCUGUUUGACCUCAAGGCUGCAGGCUUUCAAGAUCCUAUACUGGUGUCUGGCACAGAUGGUGUGGGAACCAAACUUAAGAUUGCUCAGGCCAUUGAGCAUCAUAAAUCUAUUGGAAUUGACCUGGUAGCUAUGUGUGUUAAUGACAUACUUGCCCACGGAGCAGAACCUCUCUAUUUCCUGGAUUAUUACGCCACAGGGCGGUUGAAGGUAAAUGUGGCAAGGGAUGUUAUAGAAGGUAUCACAGAGGGAUGUAAACAGGCUGGAUGUGCUCUUGUCGGUGGAGAAACAGCUGAGAUGCCUGGUAUGUACCAGCAAGGUGACUAUGAUAUAGCCGGGUUUGCUGUCGGUGCCGUAGAGCGUAACAAGAUACUUCCCCGUGUUCAGAACAUACGUGAAGGUGAUGCCGUGAUUGGACUGGGAUCCAGUGGUCUCCAUAGUAACGGGUUUAGUUUAGUUAGAAAACUUGUAGAGAAGUUGGAGCUGAGAUAUGAUAAACCUUCGCCAUUCAAAACUGGAAACAGUCUAGGAGAUGACCUUUUAACCCCAACCAGAAUUUAUGUUGAUGGUGUUCUCCCAUUGAUGAAGACCGGGGACGUGAAAGCUUUCGCUCACAUUACUGGAGGAGGGUUAGUGGAGAAUAUUCCAAGAAUCCUCCCAGACGGUCACAGGGUCAGGUUGGAUGCCAGUAAAUGGAGCAUGCCCCCAGUCUUUGGCUGGCUGGCAGAAAAGGGAAAUAUACCAGAAUCUGAGAUGGCAAAGACAUUUAACUGUGGUAUUGGUGCAGUACUUAUAGUCGACCAUUCACUAGCCAAUCAGAUUGUAGAACAGCUCUCUACCGGUGGUGAAACAGCUGCAGUGAUUGGCUCUGUAGAGAAACAAACAGGAGAGCGUAGAGUGAUCAUAGAGAAGUUACAGACGGCUCUAAUACAGUGCUGGAGACAUGUGCCUGGUGUGAGCAGGAAGAAAAGAGUUGGUGUGCUUAUCUCUGGAUCUGGUACUAAUCUGCAGGCAUUGAUUGACUUCACUCGGGAUCCCUCUAACUUCAGUGCAGCAGAAAUAGUUCUUGUUAUCUCUAACAAACCAGAUGCUCAAGGUCUGAACAGAGCAGAAAAAGCUGGCAUUGCUACAAAGGUGAUAAGUCAUAAGAAUUAUGGAAGUAGAGAAGAUUUUGAUGAAGCUUUACAUCAUAGUCUGAUAGCUGCUGGAGUAGAGAUAAUUUGUCUAGCUGGCUUCAUGCGAAUACUCUCAGGUGGUUUUGUGAAGAAAUGGUCAGGUAAGAUGCUGAAUGUACACCCAUCUUUGCUGCCGUCCUUUAAAGGCCAUGAUGCUCAUUGGCAAGUGUUGAAGUCUGGAGUUCGAAUCUCUGGCUGCUCUGUUCACUUUGUAGCUGAAGAAGUUGAUGCAGGUGCGAUCCUGGUCCAGGAGUCUGUGCCGGUUUACCAUGACGACACGGAGGACACAUUGAGUGAGCGUAUCAAGCUGAAGGAGCACAAAGCCUACCCUAAAGCACUGGAAAUGGUGGCCAGUGAGCAAGUUAAACUCAAACCUGAUGGCCGUAUUGAAUGGUGCUAUUGAUUGUAUGUUAGCAUGUGACAGUACUGUGUGAAAAAUGUGCUAAUUUUAUUAUAUCAUUGAUGCUUUUUUUGUUAUCUUAGUUUCUCUUAAAGAGUUUUGAAAAUAAGAUAUGCUUUAGUUAAAAGUUAGCCAACAGUUUCCAUUUGUUGUGCUGAGAAUAAUUUUAAAAUUUUAAAUGAAUUUUUUUAAUUAAUUCUGUAUGGACUAACAAAGUUGUAGACCUAUUGCUAAAUGUAGUUUAAAUAUGACAAAAUUGACUUGUUGGUUUGGUGCUAAAUGGUUGUGUUUACAUAAUGUAUAUUUCAUAUGAUUUGCAAUAACUUUAUUCAUAGCAUCAAAUGAUUAUUUCUGUAAAUAAUGUGUUUGGUUUAAAAUGAAAAUAUUUCAUUUUGAUGUCACUUAUAUAUAUACAUUGCGUAAUAUACAUGUUUUUUUGAAACUGAAAUAUUUCAUGCAGAUUUUUUUUUCAACAUUAAAAUGUCUUUUGAUACUGCUG